AUGGUUGCGUCUAAGGAGUUGAAGCUAUGGAGGAACAUUAUUCUCGACAAGCUACAGCGCCUGCCGGAUCAAAGUAUCCCUCGAAUAAUACCAGAACAAUUGGACUGGGAUUGGGAGCGCAGUGCUCAUCUGGUUUGUCUUCAUUAUGGAGUUUCAUCUGCCGAUCCGGAUAUGUCAAAAUUUUGGGACGAAGAGCGAUUUACCAGGCUUACCGAGAAGCUCAGCGGCUCUGCCAUGUUCCCGAACUCUCUUACUUUGGGGGAACUCAAGUCAGCGGUGAACAGCCUAGCAUUGCUGCUCGGGAUCGCACGAGGCGAUCUGCAGAAGGAGGCUUAG